AGGAAUCUUUUAUUUUGUUUUAUAAUAAUUUUAAUACAUUAAAAUUGUUAUAAAAUCAUGAAAAUGUUAUAUAUAUCAUAUCGAUUUUAUGUGUUACGGCGUGUAAAAAGUUUUUUUAAUAUCGCUUAUAUGUUUGGUAAUCAAAUUAGGAUUAUUUUUGGAUUGAAUAAGAAAAUAAUAAAUUUCAAUUCAAAUUUAAUCCUUUAAAAUCUUUUUUCUUUGUAGUUUAUGGCAUUUCUUACUUCACAAUGUACAUCAGAAUUUGUCAUCAAUGUUCUUGGGUCUGCAUCAUUUUGUGUUAUCUUUGCAAUUAAAUAUAGUUCAUUUAGUGUUAACCUUGAAGUCGUAAAGUGUAUAUUGGAACAACUGCAACAUAUGUAUAAUGAACUAACUGACAAAAAUGAAAUCAAUAUCAUAAAGCAAUAUGCCAUCUAUGCAAAACGUUAUACUAUUGUAUUAACGUUGCUUUUUAUAUUGAUGAUAUUGAUUUUUAUUUUACACUCAACUUGGUUGCAAAUUUUUGACAUCUUACUUCCUAUAAAUGAAACUCGAUCACAUCUUUCGUCGCCACUUGUGACGGAAUACUUGGUCGAUCAUGAAAAAUACUUCUACUUGAUAUUUUUUCAUACAAAUGCAGCCUUUUUCACUGGAUCAAUCGCAAUGCUAGCAACGGGAACAAUGUUCAUAGUUUACGCGCAUUAUGCGUACGGAAUGUUUCGAAUUACCUGUUAUCGUAUCGCAGAAGCUAUUACACACAAAACUUUACAAAAGAACAAUUUACAAAAUAAGAAUUUGAUUUACAAGGAACUAAUUUGUGCCGUGGAUAUGCAUCGCAGAGCUAUGAAAUUUUCUGACAUGAUGAUAUCUAAAUUUAAAUUAAUGUUCUCCCUUUUGAUAAUAGUUGGUGUGAUCUGCGGGGGUUUUAAUAUGUUUCGGGCUUUUCAGUUGACAUUCUUUGAAUAUAACAUCGGAGAACUUUCGCUACGAUUAAUAUUUCUCUUUAUUCUCUUUGGUUAUGUGCUCCUAGGCAACUAUCUUGCACAAGGAAUUAUAGAUCACAAUAAUGAUGUAUUUGCUACUGCGUACAACGUUCAAUGGUACAUAGCUCCGUUGCAAAUACAAAAAAUAAUACUGUUCUUUUUGCUAAGGCAAAACAAGGAGUUCACUCUAAAUAUUGCUGGAUUAUAUGUGGCCUCAUUAGAAGGUGCAGCCUCGAUAAUAAAUACCGGGUUGUCGUGUUUCACUGUUCUUUACGCUACACGAAAUUAACCAAAAAAAGUCAAUUAGUAGUAGUAAAAUAAUAAAGAAAUUAGACAACUUAUAAGCCAUAAUCCAAAGAGACACUGAACUCAUCGAUAAUUUCGAUGAAAGAAAUAUUAAUUCUAAAAGAAUAUAAAAGUAUUUAUAAUCUGAGGGCGAGUAUCAUUUCUCUGAAUGAUCCAAUGUAAUUUACAAACGUACAAAGCACAACAUGAAUUAGAGAGAUAUGACAUUACAUUACAUUACCGAACUGCUAAAUAUAUGUAUGUAAAUAUUUUUUUAUGAAAAAUAAAACAUUUGUUCUGUUUGUGACAUGAA